CAAGAGAGUCCCAAUAAUCUAAAGCAAUCUGUAAGGACCUGACCUUAGUCCAUGCAGAUCAAUAGGCACGACGAAGAAGAGGAGAGCGGAUCAUUUCCACUGGAACUACAAACUCUUCCUCCUUUUUUUGACUUUUCCUCCUCGCCCUCAUGCUUUGCACACUCUAACGCCGGGAGAGGAAGAAGAAAAAAAAAAGUGGAUAUUCCUGCUUCUUCUCCCGCUUCGCUCGCCUUUUCUCGCUCUCCUGCCGCCCCGAAGCCGCCAUGCCGUUCUCGCAGCUGGGCUACCAGUACAUCCGGCCCGUGUACCCUCCGGAGCGCCAGGGGAUGGCCGGCAACGCGCGGGCCGCCGCGGAGCUGAGUCCCUCGGGCGCGCUCUCCAACGUGCUGUCGUCCAUGUACGGAGCCCCGUUCGCCGCGCCCGCCCAGGGCUACGGAGCCUUCCUGCCCUACUCCAACGACAUUUCCAUUUUUAACCAGCUGGGCGCCCAGUACGAGCUGAAGGACGGUCCCGGGGUGCAGCACGCCGGCUUCGCGCACCACCACCCGGCGUUCUACCCGUACGGCCAGUACCAGUUCGGCGACCCCUCGCGACCCAAGAACGCCACCCGGGAGAGCACCAGCACCCUGAAGGCCUGGCUCAGCGAGCACCGCAAGAACCCCUACCCCACCAAGGGCGAGAAGAUCAUGCUGGCCAUCAUCACCAAGAUGACCCUCACCCAGGUCUCCACCUGGUUCGCCAACGCCCGCCGGAGGCUGAAGAAGGAGAACAAGAUGACGUGGGCGCCGCGGAACCGCACCGACGAGGAGGGCAACGUCUACCCCAGCGACCACGAAGGCGAGGAGGAGGGCGACAAGCGGGAGGACGAGGAGGAGAUCGACCUGGAGAACAUCGACACGGAGAAUAUCGAGAGCGGCAAGGACGACAUGGACGACCUGCAUUCGGAACUCAAAUUGGACGCGAGGAGUGACUCGGAGGGUUCGGAGGGCUAUGAGGAUUUACCCGAGCAGAGGUUUCUUAAGGCGGUGCAAGGCAAGGAGCACCAUCAUCACCUCCUCCACCACCACCACCACCACCACCACCGCGGCUCCCCGUUGGAGCUCAAAGCGGACAAACUCAACGCGGUGUCCGCCAGCUCCCCGCCCUCGGAGAGCAACCAAGCCCCGGUGCAGAAACCCAAAAUCUGGUCCCUGGCGGAGACGGCCGCGGCCCCGGACAACCCGCGCAAGUCCCCGCAGAUGAGCGGCGGUAACCCCGCGGCCUCGGCGGCGGCUCUCGCGGCCCCGCACAGACUCUCGCUGUCGUCGUGUCCCGUGGGGAAGAUCCAGACUUGGACGAGCCGGGCCUUCUCGGCGCACCACCUGGCCCUGCUCAACUCCAACCACCACUACCUGCAGGGACUCAGCCAGCAGGCGAGCGGCCUGGCCCUGUACGCAGGCGGCCGGACAGUAGAGGACAAGGCCGGUGCGGACUCGGCGGUCACAGGUACUGGCCCUCGACACUGAGAAGAACCCUCCAAAAAAAAAAAAAAAAAAAAAAAAAGAAGACUUUCAUUUUCUAUUUUACUCUCUCCUUUUUAUUUUUUGGAUUAUUUCCUCUGUAGGCCACACACGCAUGAAACAUUAUGUGUGUGUGCGUUUGGUGUGUGUGUGUGUGUGUGUGUCUGUGUGUGAAUGAGACCAGAAAGCAUUUAAAAUAUGAAUUAUUAUAAUAGUAAUAAUAUUAAUAAUGUCCCUUAGUUCAUUUUUUUAUAUAUUUCCGUGCACCGUUCUCUACGUUUAUUAUUAUUAUUAAUAGUAUUGUUUACAAGAAGCAACAGUCCAAUGCACUGAUAGGCUGUAAUAAUAAUAAUAAAAAUAGGCUGCAGUAAUCAAUAAUUAUUUAGAGUUUAGUGCCUUUGGCUGGUUCAAAAAUGUAUUUUUUUUAAUUCCAGCAGUGUGCACUUUUUCUCUCUGCAAACCCACUUUUUUAUUCUUUACAAACGCAAUUGUCACUUUUUGCUGUGUUUUGGCUCUUCACUUUUUUUUAUAGUUUUAUUCCCCCCCUCUCCGAUAUGAAAAUGGAAUGUAAAAUAAAUAAUAAUGCCAUCUGUGUAUAGCUACAUUGUAAGCAUGUCCUUAUGUAAAACUUGCUAAUGUAAUAAUGUAUGUGAGUAGUCCUUUUCUUUUUCCGUUUUACUUUUAUUUGUAAUUUGUCGAUGGAUUUUUUUUUGUAUAUAAAGUUAAGAAUAUGUACAUACUUGUGAACCAAAUUGUACAAGAAAAGUCUAUAUUUUUGGCUAAUAAUAAAUGAAUUGCUGCAACUUUAA